CAAAUUGUCUUCCGAUCGUGUCCGCUUGGAGUUCGAACAAUUACCCGUCUAUACAACUCACCCGAACAAGCUACACGCAGCCAGUGUGGAAUGCAUUAGUGCCCAUUUGGAACCGGUUAAAGUCUCUUGCCCGGAUCCGGACCCUGUCACUCGUCAGGAAUCUGUGGAUAGUGCAAAACGAAAAGACCACACAUAUUUCGACCAUCUCAUCUGUCAACCCAAAUCACAUCUGGCUCAUUUGUGGAUUCAGCACAACUGCAUCACCAGUCUGAUUCCCCAAUCACUGGACUAUCCUAUCCCAUUCCCAACACUGUCAGUCUCCGCUUGUCCAAGACCCACAUUGGCUCAGUUGGCUCCGAGGUUGGAGCAUCUGGAUGCCAGCCACAAUCGUAUUCGCACUCUACCCGGAUAUGAUCACUUCCCCGCCUCAAUGGUACAUCUGGAUCUAAGCAACAAUCUCCUGACCAGUUUCGGGGACGACGAGUCUAUGGUCCCGGUCCAUUCCGGUUUGGGUAAUCAGUCACGAAUGAUUCAUCGUCCACUGCGUACCCGAUCGGCCAUGAAAAACGACUUUGGUUCACCAAAUCACACUCGGUGUGCUUCAGCCACCCCACUAGCGAGUUCCACUAGUGCGGUCAGCUUACGGAGUGCCAAUGAACUGCGAUUGAGGCAAUUUCUCCACCCGGCUACCGAUCAGAUCACAUUGGCUCAUCUGGAACAUUUGAAUUUACGUGGUAAUCGACUGACA